AGCCAAUAUCGAUACUAGUUCAAGACAUUUACACAGUUUACACUGUCAAAAAAAUAAAUAUAAAAAAGUCAAAAAAAAAAUAAUAAAUUGAGUUAUCAUCACUGAUCAUCACAAAGUGACCGGUGUAUUAAUUAUAACAGAUAUAUAAUGAUAUAUUAUUAUUCAUAAUGAUUGUAUACCAAAUUUUGACAAACAAAUAAAUAAGUGUAUUGACAUUUGCCAACAAUCAAAUUUCAAUUUUGCUAUAUUAAUUAAUUGUUUUAUUUUUUGUUUAUCAUUUUUUUUUUUCAACAGUAAAAAACUGACUAUUUUCAUUUAUUUUUAUAAGAUAAAUUAAAUUUUUUAAAAUAAUGGGUGAUACUAACGGCGAAACAAAUACAAAUGUUAAAAAUGGAAACUUUAUUUGUGGCGUUGUUGAAGGCUUUUAUGGUCGCCCUUGGACAACAGAGCAACGAAAGGAUCUUUUUCAAAAAAUGAAAAAAUGGGAAAUGGAUUCUUAUUUGUAUGCUCCAAAAGAUGAUUAUAAACAUCGUGCAUACUGGCGUGAUCUCUACACAGUUGAAGAAGCUGAACAUUUAACUGGUCUAAUAACAUCAGCAAAAGAAUCAGGAAUAUCAUUUUAUUAUGCUUUAUCACCAGGACUAGAUAUAACAUAUUCAAAUGUCAAAGAAGUAACAGCAUUGAAACGUAAAUUAGAACAAGUUAGUCAAUUUGGUUGUGUUGCAUUUGCUCUGUUAUUUGAUGACAUUGAGCCUGAAAUGAGUGAAGCAGACAAAGAAGUAUUUCAAUCAUUUGCCCAUGCUCAAGUAUCUGUUACAAAUGAUAUAUUUCAACAUUUGGGUCAACCAAAAUUUCUUCUCUGUCCAACUCAAUAUUGUUCAACAAGAGCAAUGCCAAAUGUAUCAUCUUCCGAGUAUCUCAAUACUCUUGGCAGUAAAUUAGCUCAAGAAAUUGAUAUAAUGUGGACAGGACCAAAAGUUGUAUCACGUUUAUUAACAAUUGAAUCAAUUGAAGAAAUAACAGAAGUAUUAAAACGUCCACCAGUUAUAUGGGAUAAUUUACAUGCAAAUGAUUAUGAUCAAAAACGUGUUUUUCUUGGACCAUAUUCAGGUAGAUCACCAGAUUUAAUACCAAAAUUACGUGGUGUAUUGACAAAUCCAAAUUGUGAAUAUGGUGCUAAUUUUAUUGCAAUUCAUACAUUAGCACAAUGGAGUAGAUGUAAUGUUGAUGGUAAACGUGAUUUAAGUUUAAAUGAUACUGUAUCAGCUGAUAUUAAACUUGAAACUGAAACUGAAGAUGGUGUUAUUGGUGAAGAUGUACCAUCAACAUUAUCACCAAAUAUGUAUCAUCCAAGACAUGCACUAAAAAAUGCAAUAAAUGAUUGGCUACCAGAAUUUUAUAAAAAACGUGCAGCAUGGGGUGUUAUUGCUAAACCACAACCAUGUGUUGCACCAACAAUACCGAUACCAAUAAUACCAUCUGUUAAUACUUGUAUGAGUUUAACAACAACAACAAAUACAACUGUUUCAACAACAACAACAGCAACAAGUAAUACAGGUGGUUCAAAUCAUCUACAGGCACUGGCUGAAGUAUGUUCUACUGUUACUAGUAGUGAAAGUUUUGGACAACCAAUAUCUGGACCCGUUAUGAAUUCACUCGUAUCUGAUUCAAAAGUUGUUAAUGAAGCAUUGGUACCAGUUGUUGGUAGUACAUUGGAUGGUGAACCAACAACUUUAUUAACAACUCUAUCAAGUAUAAAUGAACCAAUGGAUUGUAAUACAACGCCUACAAAUUCACCAGCACAUGUUGCUAAAAUUUCAACAGAAGAUGAUGCUAUGGUUGAAAAUACAUCAACUUGUAGUGGUACAUCUGGUAGUAUGCAAGUUGAAGUUGAUACUACAUCACCAACAAUUAAUGGUAAUCAAAUGAUUGUUGAAAAUGAACAUGAAAAUAUUAAUAAUUUAGAUAGUGAUAUUAAGGAUGUUAAUAAACAAUUAACAUAUGAAGAUUUAUCUUUAUUAUGUGAUUUAUUUUAUUUACCUUUUGAGCAUGGUGGACAAGCUAUACAGGUGCUUCAAGAAUUUAAUUGGUUAAAAAUUAAUGCUCAUGUUAUAAUUAAUAAAAGAAAAGAUGAAGAUGAAGGAAGCAAAGCUGAUAUUGAAGAGUGGCAUACACGUGCUGCUAAAAUAAAUGAUAUGUGCAAUGCAGUUAACAGAUUAUUUGAACGUCUUACUUUUUGUAAUAAUCGAGAACUUCUUUAUGAUCUUUAUUCCUAUGUGUGGGACAUGCGGGGAGUUGUAUCACUUUUAAAUAGUUACGUCAAAUGGCUAGCGUUUGGCAGAUUUCCAGCAACAAUGACAUCGUUUACUCAGGGGAGCUACACAUGGUUUUCCAAUGGUUGGAAAGAGACAUUCAUGAGUGGUGAUCAAGAACCCUGGGUAUUUCGAGGUGGUCUUACUGCUGAUCUCCAAAGGUUGAUACCGGUUGAUAGUGGAAAUGAUUUAUUUGUUUAUAAAGCACCAGAUAUACCAACAAGUAAAAUAUACACAAUUAGACCCUAUUUACCAACUGAUGAAGAAGCUGUUUAUGUUGUUUGUAAUAGAAUAACUGGUGUUACUGGAUCACAAGCUGUUGCAGACAGACUUGUUGGUGGAUAUCUAACAUUGAGUCCAGAAUUUUGUAUGAUUGUUGAAGACGAUGAAGGUAUCGUUGGAUAUGUUACAGCUGCUUUGAAUAUAAAGUUAUUCAAUCAAAAAAUGCUUAUUUCAUGGAUUCCAGAAUUACAAAGUAAAUAUCCAUUGGAGGAUAUUACAAAUGAUUUGCCAGCGAGUAUUCAAGAAGCAAUAAGAUAUUUUCAUUCAUUUGUUCCGGAUGUAUCUGAACAAUUGUGUCGACAAAACCCAUCAUCAAUUAUGUGCUCAAUACUACCAACAGUUACAGAUCAAUCGGUUGCUAAAAGAUUAACAACAUGUAUACUUGCUGCUUUACGAGCAAAUGGAUCAUUUGGGGUUCACACAACAAUGUCACCAAUGGACAAAGAAUCUCAUGAAUUUUAUGGAAAGUUAGGAUUUAUUGAUUAUCAACCUGGUCAAGACGAAAAUCCUGGUGUCAUCACAAUGUGCAGAAGUUUUUAAAUUCGUAAUAAAGUGUAUUUUCAUUAAUCAUAAUUGACAACUAGGCUAAUUGGACCACUAUCAGUUUGUAUCAUUGUCAAAAAUUAAUAUGAUAAUAAAAUUAUCAUACUUUUUUUUAACUUUAAAAUUUUCCAAACGAAUAAAAAUAAUGAGAAUUUUUUUUUAAAUAAAAGAUAUUUCGGUACUUCAAUUUAAAGUCUGGUUUUUAAAAGAAAAAAUGAAACAGUAAUUUUUUUGAUAUAACAACAUUGAAAAUUAAAAAUAUGUAAAUAAAUAAAUGCAAAUAACAUUUACAUGAAUCCCAAUAAUUUUUAACUAAUAAUAGCAAUGAAAUGUCCAAUAAAAAGUUGCACUGGGGAAGUUGCAGUUAUUCCGGUUAACAAUUUUUGGCACAAAAUGGUUUUAAAAAAUAGCAAUGUAUUUUAAAUUUUUCAAGAAAUAAUUUUAAAGAUAAUCAAACAAAAUUAAUGAAAAAAAAUAAUAUUUGAACAAUAAUCAAAUUAUUGUCGUCAUAUCAAAUGAAUUUUUUUUUUUUUUUUUAAUGUCUUCUGUCAGGCCAUGUACAAUACUUUUAAAUUGUUUCUUAAUAGUUAAUUAUGCAAGAAGAAAAAAAAAAACAACAAAAAUAAAUAUAUUAAAAAUUAAGUUGAGUUGCAGAUUAUUUUCAUUUCCGGUGAACAAUCAUUUAUCCAAUCAAAUGUGUAUUGAAUAAAUGAUGUAAAAAAAAUGAAUCUCGUUAAAUCUCAUUUACGUUUAGUUGAGCGCAAUUUAUGCUUGAUUUAAAAAAUUUUAACACCAUGAUUUAUAUUAUUGAAUAAGUCCUGGAAAAUAAUAAAUUGAAACAAAAUUUUUAUU